AUGGACCAACAUAUUCUUUCAAAUUUUAGAAGCCAAAGUUACUUGCCCAGAUGGGGAUAUAGAGGCUUGGUUUUUCAAUUACAAAAGACUUACUGUCUCUGUGCAUCACCUGGCGCAAGCUUGAUGGGCUUAGAUGACUAUUGUACGAUUCCUGACCAUCUCUUAUCUUCAACUCUAGUGGUUAUCAAGAUUCACUCUGACAACAAUCAUCAAGCACAAUUUAAGAAGAACCUAUUGCUGAGUACUCAACCAGCCGAGGAGGAAUCAUCAGCUCAAAAAGAAGAGCCUCACCUUUCUCUCCAAACAGAGAAUAUUCAAGACCAAAGUAAAGAGAUUGACAUCAAGGAUACUGAUAACAAAGAGAUAGCAAUAUCAACAAGAAGAAGACGCUGCUCCAGAUUUAACAUCAGAGCCAGGCUAUUCAGACUGAGAAAUCGUCUUCUCAAGGACCUUUCAAUGUUGUUCAAGUCCACGAUUAAGAAGGAAAGAUCACCUGAAGAUGCAUCUCAGAGAAGGAGAUCUCGCUUCAUCGGAGUUUCCAGAAACAGCUCCAACUGGCAAGCCCUCAUCAAUGUGAAGAAUACCAAAAGAUAUAUCGGAACAUUUGGAGAUGAACUAGAAGCCGCCAAGACAUAUGAUAUAUACGCUGUUGCAUUGAGAAGAGACAAGGCUCUGCUUAAUUUUGAUUACACUGCUCAAGAGGUCAUAUCAGCCAUUGACCACUUCCUUGAAUACGGAAGUAUCAAUAUUAACGACUAAUUUGUCCUAAUAAUAUUGGAUGCAUGAA